AUGGCAAUCACUCGGUCAUCUUCAUCCCCUUCUCCAGUUCUCAAAAAGAAAUCAAAAAUGGGCAAGAAAUCUUUGGCCAACAAAUCCAAGGGUAAACGCCCAAUCAUUGAUGAUUUUGAUUCUGAUUUUGAAGCUCCCAUGCCGAAGCGUGUGAGACCCCAUUCUUCGAAGAAAUCGAAGCUGAACUUGGAGGAGCCCACGCUUCCAGAAAUUUCUGGGAAAAAAUUUCAAAAAUCUAUUACACAUGCUGAAGAUCGGACUGAGGUUAUGUGUUUUGUUUUCGUUUUUGGUGUUUUCAAUCAUUCUUCGUUAGUUUCUUUUCAGUUUGGGACUUUUGGGCAUUUUCUGGAUAUGCCUGAGUUUGUUUUUCAUCCACAAGUCGUUCAUAGUUUAUUACUAAGGGAAGUUUCUGACCUAAUCCUAAGGAGUUUUGGGCUAAGGUUCUUUGGCCGUUGCAUAUGGUUUAGUGCCGAAGAAUUUUACCUGAUUUCUGGUUUAGAUUGUUUCGGUGAUUGCAACAAGUUGUUGUUUUCACAGGAAACAAAUCAAUUGGUAGAAACAUGUUUCCGUGGUGUAAAAACUAUUGACAACAAAGCCAUCGAGGAUGCUUUUUUGGGUAGUCGGUGGGGUUUGGAUGAGUCUAUUGGUUUGAAAAUGGCUGUUUUGUAUUUCAUUCAGUGUUUUCUUCUUAGCAAUACUCCUGACAAAGAAGUGUCUAGGUUUGUUCUAGAUGUAGUUGAUAGCGGUCGGUGGGAUGAGUAUUGUUGGGGUAGGGAAUCAUUUGAAUUGACAAUUGACUCAUUCAAAGGUAGGAUUGAGCAUGGGAUCAUUAUGAAAAAUAGAAAGGCAGAGAAGGGAGGCCAAUAUGAUGGCUGGUAUAGGGCAUUGGGAUGUCCUUGGGUUUUCACUGUUUGGUUUUAUGAAUGCUGUCCUGCAAUGGUGAACUCUUUAUGUAAGAGAGUUUCAUCUUCUAUUCCCAGGAUUCUGAACUGGAGCAACACCAUCGUCACCAAAAAUCCAACCCUUCGAGACUUGAAGGGCAAGAUUUUUGAUUUACCUUUGGAGAAGUUGAAGAUAAAAAACAUGCGUCCUACUGAUGAAGAGAGGCAGCAGCUUCAACUUGACGGUCUAUUUCUCGAUGAAUCUAUUGAUGAACGUGGUGUAGCGAAGCAAUCCUUCGAGGGUGGCUCAUCUUCAAAGAAGUCUGAUUCAGCAGAUAUUGAUUGGAUGAAAUCUAAGCUGGAGAUGCUCAGUUCGAAUCAAUCAUCAUUGGCCGAGGACUUCAUUUCGUUGAGGUGUUUUGUUGAUUUUAAUUUCAAAUCCGUAAUGACUGUAAUUAAGGAUAUCCAAGAGAAGGUUAAUGCCAUUCAUCGUCGUCCUUCUGACGAGGGAAAGUCAUCGGAUGAAUUAGUAACUCAAGAUUCUGAUGAUGAUGCUGAUGAUGAUGAUGAUGAUGAUGAUGCCGAGGAUGAUGAGAAGCAAUUGCCUGAUCCAGAAAAUAUUGAUUCCGACUCCGACGAUGGUGGUGAGUUGGUUAAAGUUGGUGGGGAUGCUGAUGAUGCUGACAAGGCUGUUACUGUUGUUCCUUCUGCUGAUGUGAAUCCUUUUGAGGAUGUUGGAGGGAGUGAUAAAAAUGUUAAGGAUGUUGAGAAGCCGAAGGGCGAUGAGUCUCGAUUGAAGGGGGACGAUUUCUUUGAUGGGUUGAGCCAACUUGUAAUAGAUGAUGAUCAAGUUGUGUUGGCUGGCUUGGAGGCUGUUGCUAAAAUCAAUGUCCCCGCACCCAAUCCAGAUGUUGUUGGUGAAAAGUCAGAUGCCCUUCAUACUGAUGAAGAAACUGAGGAUACUGUCUCUGAUACACCUCUGUUGGAUAAGAGGAAGCGUGCUCCGGCCUUGAAAUCUCCAUUUGUUGAUUUCGGGUCCGUCGAUGCUCGGGAGCACUCCAAUGGAGCUUAUGUCCUCAGGUUCUCAAUCAGCUGGGGAUGA